CCCGAAUCAGCCAUCAAAGACUUUUGCAAGGCCUCGAGACCCUUGCCUCCAUCAUCCUACUACCCAAGAUUAAUCGCUCAAUCCUCCCCUGUCGCCGUUGCAUCAAGCUCGGCCCUCUUCACAACCGGUUGCGGAGGGCCACAAGCCAACAUGCUCAAGGGGUGGAUCUAGUGGUCCAAGUUUUACGAAGUAGUAUUGACGUUGCUUGUAUCACACUCAAUCAAUAUACGCGCCGUCCAUCGUGGCAGCCAAGGAAACUCUAACCACGCUGUGGACCGGACCGAACUGUGGGCCGACCCUAUCAGGACCCAUCUCCCUAAUGUGACUAUGGUGGAUUUUUACCUAUUUCCAAGCCUCCCCUCGCUUCUCUUUUCAUGUAGUAUGCUUAGUCUCAGACGAUUGUCGCUGAACUUAUUCCUUCCUACUCAUCCGUCACGUCGGCUUUCUUCUUUGGCAUUCGUAUUUUCAACAAACUCAUCGUCAUCAUGAAUGACGUGAUACAGCUAGCCCUGGAACCAAACACAGCGGGGAGAGAAUUCGGCAAACCUGCUCAAAAGGGCGCUCACCAUGUGCAGCCUCUACAAGACCCUAUGCUUCCGCUUAACGUGGUCACCAAACCCAAAAUCAACUGGAGAGUGGUAAUUGCGUUCUUCUUUCUAGGGCUUCUAAUCGCAAUGCCUUCGGCAGUCAUUACAACAGGCGCAAAUGUCAUGUUCACUGGCUUCACAGGCGUGUACGAAGUUUGUGCCUCAUUGACUGGUGCUAUUAUUUCGGUGGGAACUCCGUUCGUCGCCCGUUUCAUUCCCUACGACGUGUGCACGGUCAUCUGCACAGCAUCCACGGCACUGGCAUAUCUCAUCCCGACCCUUCCUCACGUGCUCGAGGGUGGCGCGACCCCCAACAAUAAGGCAGCUCCUAUCAUCGGAACCAUGUUCGGAGGCUUUGUCUACGCAUUCGGCACCAACAUUUACAUGGCUGUAGCAGCAUUCUUUCCACCAGAAGCUGUUUUGGCCCUCAGCGUAGGCAGUGGAUGUGCCAUCAUCCUAGGGCCUGGUCUGUACACCGCAUUUAUGGUUGGCCUGAACAAUGAUUGGAGGCGGACUUUUCUUGUCUUUCUAUCUACAACAAUCCUCAUCCCAAUUGUGUGGUGGAUAGUAACGGACCCUGGGUGUCGGGCGGCUGCAGAAAAAUCCAGAAUCGAAAGUUUAACUGGGACGAGGCGAAGAAGCGACAAUACAGACAAUGGCUCCGACAGUACCGAACCUCAGGAAGCCAUAACAUGCAGCGUAGGCGGUCCCAUCGAGAACUAUCAGCCUGCUUUUGGCAAACACCGUUCAAGGGUGGUGUUCUUGAUCAAGACUAUCCUUCCCAAGUACGUCCUGCCGUUGAUAUUCUGCACUUCCUCUGCAAUUGUGACACUCCUUGGAACGGGUCCAACACUUCAGGAGCUAGAAACUUUCAGGGAUGCUCCAGACGGGGAUAUGCAAUUCCAACUUGCCUUCCUUUCCUAUGGAGCCGCCCAGUUUCUUUUUAGCACACUAUCCAGUCUGCGUCCGUCGCCACACAUAUGGGUUUGGACUGGUAUACAAAUAGCCGUCAUGGCGAUCGGCCUGAUGCAAUUUGCAUAUCCAUUCCUUAAAUACUAUGGGGUAUGGGUAUUCGUGUUGUUUUUGACCGGGGCUUGCGUCGGAAGUGGAGUAACCAAUACCAACUUCAAGAUUGGCGAGGAUUUCCGGAAGACUGGUGAGCCAGACGAAGUCCGGAGUUUUGCCAUGAGUUUUGCGGGCGUUGGUAACUUUGGUGGUGAUGCCCUUGGCGGGGCUCUUGGUGUGAUGGUACAACAGAUUGCCACGAAGGCUCUGCGACGUACCCAGUAAGAUGCUACCGGGGAGGGAGAGUCAGUCAACACACAACGCGCAUCAAUCAGCGUCCUCGCAUGAUAGCGGGAUAUAAUGGGGUUGUUGACAACAUGCAGGCCAACCCGUUCAAGUCAAGAACCCUAUAUCCCGCGCAGCUCCAUACACUCUGAUCAUUAACUUCGCCACUUUCUUCAAACGACCACAACAGCUGCUAUUUUGCUGCAAGCGGCCAGCAAGACUAUUUGUAGCUAUGUCAGAGAAUGUAUUCUAUAUAAUACAUAAUCCCUUGACUCUGUAGGCAAAGUAAUAGUUAAUCGUUAAGUCGACGUACUAUAUAGAUUAUGUUAGGCAAGGAGUUAGAGAUUCCAAGGUCUUGCGUUUACAUGUCGUUGCCGGACUUGUAC